AUGGACGUCAAAGCCUCGAAGUCAGUCAUGUCGUUUGACAUAAAAGACAAAAAAACGCACCGAUUCAUUCUGGUUCAACUUCUAGUCAUACUUUCAUUCACGUCUUACACAGCAACUCUUCUGCAUCUGCCAAGGAUGAAAAAGAAGCUGGUACUGCCUCACCCAUGUGUUGAAAUCACGACACCGUCGGCGUUGAUCACACAAGGCAACGACACAUUCUCCUUUCCCUCGGUUCUCACAACCAGUGAGACACAAAGGCAUGGUUAUUCCGCUGCUUUACUAUGUGGCGAUGUCUGGCUAGCUCUCAGUCUCAUGGCUGGCACUGAUGCCUUCUGGGUCGUGGCAACUUUUAACCACACCCUCAUGAAGAACUGGCACUACUUUGUCAGCCUACGUAUGAUGGCAUUGGCAUCCAUUAUAUCAUUCUGUCUGUAUAUACCGUCGAGUUGGGGCACUAAGAACAGUCGACUUCAAGACUACUCACUAGCACUGUGUCUAUCCAGCCUCGCGUAUUUCCUCUUCAACUAUGCAUUGUCAAGAGUAUAUCGACGUCCACCGAGCACUCUUAUCAACGCCCAUUUUGGAACACUCCAACAGUACAGCGAUAAGAUGAGUCGCUUCUCGUUCGGUUGGAGUCGUGCGCUGCAGGUUUCUGCGAUUAUCUGUUCGUUUCCAAUAGUGCUGACUGCGAUUAUGCCUUCGGGAUGGGUGACUGUCAUCCCACUGCUGACUAUUCCAUUCGAGUCAAUUCUACUCGCCUCAAGAAAGUUGGGAAGAAGCCCAGAGUUCAUACUCAGCGGUGGAGUCUUCAUCCACGCAGUCUGCUUCACACAUUGGGGUCUUUCACAAGUAGCGUCAAGCCCACGACUGGUUCUCUCACCAUCAGUGUUUCUCGCGCUUGUAGUUGUAGGACGCCUAAUCCUGGACUUGCAUCUACAAUCUUCAUCGCUCAGAUACCCAGAGUUUCUUUGGGUGCGGAAAGAGGUUCUCAUCUCUACAGAAAGCCUUUUGGCUAUUUGUGCCGUUUCUCUAACAUCAGAGACGUUUGGGCUCCCUGUGGUCACCUACUGCAAGUUGUUCAUCAUACCUGUAUUUUACUCGGUUAGCUUGUUAGGUGUAGCGACGCCUGCAGCAUACAGUAUCGUCACGAAAAAGAUAAAGCUUUAA